UUGCAACCAAUCGGAGUCUAGGGGGAUACGGAGGUGCCCAGGAUCCACGAGCGUCCACCUUGCUGAGCGACCGCCGCCUCUUGUGCGGGGAAGGUUCUAAUUGGCACGACCGUUUUUGCAAAGCGCGUUUCCUGAACCGGCUUCUUUUGCGGGAGGGCUGCGGAGACGUGACGUUUGAGGGUCUCUUUCUCUGCCGGGGCGGGAGCAGCAAAGCGCCUCCCUUCUGCGCCUUCCUAUGAAAGUGAGGGCGGGUAACGGGGAAUCUUUGGUGCAGGGCAUGGGAAGGUGUAGUGCAGAAAGCAACUAAGAUGAUUGGGGUCAGGCUGAGGGGCAGGACAGGCUGCAAAAUAGGGUGAGCGGUCUCCAUACCAACCCUUGAGUUCAAAUCGCCACCGGGCUGUAUGCCUUUUUUAGGGACGACAGUUUCAUGAAACUUAUAGGCUGGUACUCUGCCUACUCAGAUGUAAGCGCCAUUGUGUUCUUUGGAGCUUACGCCCAGGAGGAUUUUAUGUAUGACAAAGGAAAAUGAACCCCACCAUGAGCGAGGAGCCUGAUGCGCUGGCUGUAGUUAAUCAGCUGAGGGAUCUAGCAGCUGACCCCUUGAACAGGCGAGCAAUUGUCCAGGAUCAGGGAUGUCUACCAGGGCUUAUUUUAUUUUUGGACCACCCCAGUCCUCCAGUUGUCCAUUCAGCCUUGCUUGCUCUCCGCUAUUUGGCUGAAUGUCGUGCAAACCGAGAAAAGAUGAAGAGUGAACUAGGGAUGAUGCUGAGUUUACAAACUGUAACACAAAAGACAACAACACCAGGGGAGACUAAACUGUUAGCUUCAGAAAUCUAUGACAUUCUUCAGUCUUCCAGUGUGUCUGACGCGGACAAUGUUAAUGAGAUGAAUUCUCGGCGUCGGAAAGCACAGUUUUUCCUGGGAAGUACAAAUAAGCGCGCUAAAACCGUUGUUUUGCACAUAGAUGGCCUUGAUGAUUCGUCUAGGCGAAACUUGUGUGAAGAGGCCUUGUUGAAAAUCAAAGGGGUUAUCAGCUUUACUUUUCAAAUGGCAGUUCAACGAUGUGUAGUCCGAAUCAGAUCAGACUUGAAAGCAGAGGCAUUGGCAACAGCAAUAGCAUCGACCAAAGUUAUGAAAGCCCAGCAAGUUGUGAAAGAUGAAAGUGGAGAAGAGUUGCUGAUUCCAUUCCAAGAUGCUCCUGUGGAAGUGGAGCAGAAUACAGACCUCCCGGAAUAUUUGCCAGAAGACGAAAGCCCUUCAAAAGAGCAGGACAAAGCUGUGUCCCGUGUCGGAUCCCACCCAGAAGGUGCUGCUAGUUGGCUGAGCACAGCUGCAAACUUUCUGUCCAGGUCCUUUUACUGGUGACUUGAAGUUGAAGCUGGAGGACCGCACAAAACAACACAGGCCCAGCUUCGUUUGGUCUGCUGAACUGCCAAGUGCAAUUUGCAAUAAGUUACCAACAAAAAGAUUUUAGACUACACAAUGUAUGCUGUGUUUUACAUUUUAUUGGACAGUGGGCCUUUCAGGCCAAUCAGAAGGAUGGAGGUCUCAAAUGACAGCUUGCUCAUUUUCCUUCCCCCAUCACUGUUGUCAUACAUUUUUAUUGCCUCACAUUUUAAUAUUGGGUCCAUUAUUAACCAAACAUUUUGAGUAUAAAAAGCUUUAAGUUAAAAAGUCUUGCUAAGACACACAGAGAAUUCACUCAUCACAAAUUUCAGGACAUCUCUACAAUGAAAUUACUAGUUCCACGGAUUGAAAUGCCUUUUUUUUUAAGCCUUAUUUCUGAUUAUGUAUUUCCUCUAGAAAAUCACUAUGGAGAAACCCCUCUUUGUUUACCCCUCUUUGUUUACCUUCAAUGUUUUUCAGAGCCAUUGUUUUUAUAUUCCACUUAUUGCAUUGCAAUGAAAAUGCUUUAGACUUGAUAGCCCUUAAUGUGUUAGAAAAAAAGGUCAGCUUUUCGCCACUCGAGCAAUCGGAACUCAGUAAAAAGGAAUUAUGUGUGUAUCUAUAUACAGUAAAUACGCUGUAAGAAAAUGCUUGGAAUGAUAGUUGUGACUAUGUGAAUUGAAUACCACUGGCUUUAGCUUCAGUUGGUUAAAAAGCUUGGUUUUCAAAAGCUGUAAUUCUGCUUAGACAGUGCCUUGCUGCAGGUUUUGUCUGUGGCAGAAAGUAAGAUGUUGGCCUUGUGCAAUGAUCAAGAAAUGUUUUCAAUUAGGUAAUCUGAUAGCUGAAAAUAAAGCGGGGAGACGGCAUGCCUAAAAUGCCUCAGUGCUACUGUGGAUACAUCUUCAAAACCAUAAACUUGUGUUGCUUCAUGGUAACCCUAUAUUUUUUCUGUUGCCUUGGAAGAGUGCUUUUUAUGAUGCACCAUGGUGGGUAAGGAUUUUGUGACCACAGGCAUGGCCUAUGCUGCUGGUGGAACUAAAACUCAGCCAACGCAAGAUGACCUAGGAAAGUUGAACAAACUUGUCAAAGAUGAAACUGUUCAUGAAAGUGCACUCAUCUAGUCCUGACAGGUGAAGCCAAACCCAUGCCUGAAUAGGAAGCUUUCAUCUUCUUGUGUCUGUGUACCGUAUAAAAGUUCAGAGUUGCCUGUAUUUUCACAAAGGAUAGGGCAGGUAAUGUUUCGGCAGGCAAAAUAUUCAAGUAGGUCUUAUUGAGACUCCCUGUGCUCUAGAAAACUUUCAGCUGCUGACCUUACCAUGCUUAUUUUUUGUAGAACAAUCCAUAUAGCAUUGACCAUGGCAGUAAUUGCACUGAGAAAAAGAUUGACUCAUGGAGGUCUAUGCCUUGCAUAGUAACUGACCAGUCUAUAGAAACGGUCACAUUAUUUUGAACAAGUGUGCAAGAAAACAACCAUAGCCAACAAUAGAAUUUCUCUCAGUUUGGUGUCCUUUUGAGAUAAAGAAUUCACUUCCAGAUUAGAUCAUUUUGUUUCUAUUUUUUUAAUGUAUCUAAUUUAAUUUGAUUGAAGUUUACACGCACAGAAUACAGGCUUCCUAAGGCAUGUAUUGCAUCAAACAUGUAUUACUAAGCAUAUUGCUGUCUAGAAUGUUACAGUACCAAACGUGUUUGCAAGAUUCUCCAUUGUAUAGCCAUGGGUUCAAUGUUUACUUCUGUUUAGCACCUAUCUUUGCGUUUUGCAGUGCCGCAUAUCCACAUACUAAAUGAUACACCCCUUUGGAUAUUAAUGGUUCAAUACAAAUAAAUAUUAAAAUUUGGUGUUGAAUUUGUAGGUAUCCUUUUGUUUUGUUUUUUGAUCGAUAUUAGAGCUCUUCUGGUUAUAAUAUCUGUAAGAGCUUUUGAAUACUGUAAAAUAAAAGUGUAAUAUAACUGA